GCAGUUCAUUGAGAUUGGUACUACGGAAAAUUUCAUCAAAAUAAUAAUAAAAUCUGAGUCAUUCUAACAAAACUUUCUGCAGAAACCUGCAGAGAUUAAUACCAUGGAUAACUUAAAGAUGUUUAGCUCAAUGGGAUCGGAGGAAAACUGGAGGACCCCAACCUUUAGACAAGGCGUCGUAUCGAAGAUUGAAGAAGUGAUCCAGCGUUCAGGCAUGCAGGUGGCCAGAAACAGCAGUGAGAUGGAGAACCAUGUGUUCAACAAGGCGAAGACGCGGGAGGAAUACAUGAACAUGGUGGCCAAGCUCAUACUGCAUGUCCGGGAGAUGUCUGCUCAACCAAAACAGAACCAAGGCCAAGCCAUGCAGGGUCCCAACCAAAACCAAGCCGGACCCAACCCCCAGCAGAACCAACAGCCCAACCAGCAAGGACCAAGUCAGCCAGGCUUGGCCCCAGACCCUAUCAAUGCUUUACAGAACCUGGCAUCUCAAGGGACAAGGAAUCAGAUGAUGAAUAUUGGGCCUCAAGGACAAAUGCAACAGCAAGGUGUAAUGGGCCCCAAUCCCGGCAUGAUGCAAGGACAGAUGGGUCAGCAGACUAUCGUGUCCCAAGGCCAACCACAGACAGCCACCAAUCUGCUGCAGACGCUCAACCAGCGGCCGCAGCUCAAUAUGCUGCAAGGAAAGCUACAGGGCGCUAUGGGCAUGAUGCUCCCAGGUAUGGAGGACAGAUGGGUCAGCAGACUAGUGUCUCAAGGUCAACCACAGACAGCUACUAAAUCUUCUUCAGACUCAACCAGCGGUCGCAGCUCAAUAUGCUGCAGGGAAGCUACAGGGCACUAUGGUGCCAAACCAGCCACCAAUGGGCGGUAUGGGCAUGUCGAGCAUGAACCCCAUGGCGGCCAGCUGCAGGGCCAGCUGGGGCCCGGCAUGCAGGGCCAGAUGAUGGCCAACAUGCCCAUGGGCGCCGGCAUGCAGGGCCUGGGCGCCGGCAUGCAGUGCCAGCCCGGCAUGCAGGGACAGGUGCAGGGCCAGAUGCAAGGCCAGAUGGUAGGCGGCAUGGGCAACAACCCAAUGGUGAACAGCCACAUGAUGCACAUGCGGCCUAAGCAAGAUGUCGGCAUGGUGGGCUACCGCCAGCCUCCAGGGCAGUUCCUGCGCCAAAGCCCAAGCCCUUCUGCCCCCAGCCCCAAUAUGCCUCAACCUAGCCCCGUCUCCAUGCAAGGAGUAAUGGGUGGAGCUCUACCUUCUCCGAUAGGGCUGAGCGGACUCGGCGCGUGCGGCGGCGUCGGAGCAGGCUCGCCAUCUUCGCAUAUGCAACACCACGCGCCUCAACAACGAGUAAGCAUGGGCAUGGUAGCAUCCCCAUCCUCAUCUCUCAAUACGCCCGUCGGAGCGUCCGUCGCGUCGCCUAGCAACGAAGAUGCUGCAUAUCGUGAUAAAGUUCGUCAGCUCAGCAAGUACAUCGAACCGCUGCGUAGGAUGGUACACAGGAUGGUCAGUGAGGGAGAAAAUGUGGAGAAGCUGACAAAGAUGAAGAACCUCCUUGACAUCCUGUCCAACCCGAACAAGCGGAUGCCGCUAGAAACCCUCAUCAAGUGCGAAGUGGUGUUGGAGAAGCUGGACUUCAAACGAGGAGAUGGACUGGGUGUGCCUGCCUCGGGGAAGGAGCAAAUCUUCAACCCCUUACUGGAGGUGGUAAACAACUGCCUGUCGUCUCCGCUCGCCAACCACACUCUCAAAAGGACCUUCGGGUCUACGUUGGAUGCUCUCAAUGGACCUGAGAUCAAAAACCUACCACCUCCAUUGAAAGUGCCAAAAAUAGAAGAGCCCGCCAUGGAAAUACCGGACGUACUGCAAGGGGAAAUCGCCAGACUCGACUCAAGGUUUAAAGUAUCCCUAGAAACGAUGCAGCUAGCGGGCGGCAACGGCGCCAUCUCGCUAGUAGCCAUGCUCGACGACGCUCGCCUGCCCUGCGUCCCUUCUGUACUGCUCUCCGUACCGCGUGGGUACCCGGCCCGACCUCCGGCACGGCUCCGACCCAAACACGGGAAACAUGAUAAGCAUGAGUUCUUAGCGAGGGUGGAGCAGGCUAUGGACGCUAGAGUCGCUAGAUUACCAAAAAGCUGCUCAGUAGGCCAAUUACUGGACGCCUGGGAGAUGUCAGUCCGUCAAGCUUGCGCGCCCAACCCCGUCUCCUACACCCCGGUACCCCCACUGGGACUUUAAAUAUCCACUCCAGGAGUUAGCCGUAGACCACGUUCCCACUAUGUCGAAAUGCAGAUCCGUAUUUUUAUCGGACGUCGGACCAGUGUGACAACACGGCGUAACUUCUAUUUCUAUAAUAUAUAAUGUAUUAGAGGGGCAACACAAAGCGAGUAUGAUCGCGAGGCAAUAUCCUCACGCGGCAAACAGCCAAAACGGCUCGGCAGAGCGACUUGCCUCGACCGGCGUAAAUUUGCCUCGCGACGCUGCUCUCUCUGUGUGAACCCUAUUUCCAAAUCUAUCCUUCCUUUAUUUUAAGAAAUUUUAUAAUCAAAUUAUUUUUAGUCUAAAUUUUAAUCGUAGUGUAGUUAAGUAGUGUUAUUUAUUAGGGAUCCUCUUUUCAAACUGAUAUUAAACUUGUCGUUGACGUGAUAAGUAUCUGUGAUAAUUUAAUAUGUACUAAUACAAGCAAUUUGCAGUUUUUAUACAGAAAUUCAUCAAAUAUCAUUAAUUAUUUUAUACAUAUCUUUUCUGUUAAUAUGUUUGCUGUUGGCAAUAUGAGCCUAUUUUAAGUGGUAGAACUCAAAAUUAUGUUUUUUUUUUCGGAUAGUCAAUCCCAUUUUUUUUUCUGUCAUCCAUAUUUUUUGUUGUUACAAAAAGACAUUAUUUACAUAAUUUCCAUGAAAUGGGAUCAAAAGGAAUCAACUGUUUAAUGUAUUUUAAAAAUGAAGAGGUCCCUGAAGUCUUCGAAUCAAUGUUGUAAGUGUUUAAAGCAAUACUUGUUUUGAAUAAAUGUCUACAUA